GGAGGAAGUGGCCCGGGGAGGCCGGAAGCGGCGCUGAGGAGGGGCUGGCGGAGCGGGGCGCUGGCCGCUUUGCUGCUUGUCUACUUUUUGGAAGACUCAAUCUGUUUGUCAAGCAGACUGACCCUUCUUUGUGGCUUUACUGACACCGGGUAGCAAAAACUAGUUGCAGGCUUCCAUACCGUUUGGGAUGUGUAAUUGAGCAUGCUGCUUCAACACAAACGAUGAACCUUAAGGCCUUUUCAAACACAGAGCACUCAGUCCAGCUGCUGCAGGAGAGAGAGAUCUGUGCAGCCAUGACUAGAAGAGGGAUUUAACUCUUGCAAAAAGAAGUGAGUGUUAGCCCAGGAAGUGGCAGUUGUCCUGCAUUGGGUCCUCCCAGGUAACUUCAAAUAGGCAUUGCCAAUGGAUGAGCUGGUGCACGACUUGGCCUCGGCUUUAGAGCAGACUUCAGAGCAGAACAAACUGGAUGAGCUAUGGGAAGAGAUGGCCCUGAGCCCACGGCAGCAGCGGCGUCAGCUUCGCAAGAGACGGGGUCGUAAACGACGCUCAGACUUCACACACCAGGCAGAACAUGCCUGCUGCUACAGUGAGGCCUCAGAGUCGAGCUUGGACGAAGCUGUCAAGGAUUGCCGUGAGGUGCUGACAGCUAAUUUCAGUGACUCUGAUGACAUGGCAGUGGUCAAACGACAUCCAGCUCUUAGUGCCACCCUGAGGAGCAAGCAACACUUGUGGCAUGAGUCAGACUCCUUUACAGAGAAUGCACCCUGUCGACCUCUCAGGCGCCGACGGAAAGUCAAACGUGUGACAUCAGAGGUGGCUGCCAGUCUCCAGCAAAAGCUCAGGGUGUCAGAGUGGAACUAUGAGAGGGGCUGCAGGUUCAAGUCUGCCAAGAAACAGCGUCUUUCACGCUGGAAAGAGAAUGCUCCUUGGACAUCAUCCAGUCAUGGCCUUUGUGAAUCAGGAGAGAACAGGCCCUUCCUCAGCAACGGGGGAAGGAAGGAGCGGAUGGAGUGUGAAGCUGAUGAUCAGAAGCAGGGUUCAGAUGAAAACAUGUCGGAAUGUGAAACCAGCAGUGUUUGCAGCAGCAGUGAUACUGGCCUGUUCACCAAUGAUGAAGGCCGCCAAGGAGAUGAUGAGCAAAGUGAUUGGUUUUAUGAAGGAGAAUGUGUUCCAGGAUUCACUGUCCCCAACCUUCUUGCCAAGUGGGGAGCUGAUCACCGAUCUGAAGUGGAGAGGAUUGACUCAGGCCUGGACAAACUCUCUGUUUCCACCUUCCUUUUGCCCUCACGGCCAGCUCAGAGAGGAUUUCAUGCCCGCCUGAAUCGCCUUCCAGGAGCUGCUGCUCGUUGUCUCCGUAAAGGUCGGAGGAGGCUGGUUAGCAAGGAGACAUCCAUGAGCAGUCUGGGCACUGAGAGGCUGGGUCAUAUUGUUAAUGAUCCUCGACAGAAAGAUUUUUGGUUGCCAUCCAUGGGGAAGAGAGAUCGCAACCAGUUCAAUCCAUUAUCUCCUCUGUACUCUCUGGAUGUGCUUGCUGAUGCUUCCCACCGAAGAUGCUCACCAGCCCACUGCACUGCCAGGCAAGCAAAUGUCCACCUGGGACCUCCAUGUUCAAGGGACAUCAAGAGGAAACGAAAGCCAGCUGCAGCCUCCAUGUCUAGCCCAACAUCAGGUCCUGCUUCAGUGAUCUCCUUUUUUGCAACCUGAGUGCCCCGUGGAGGUGAAGGACACAGCCUGAGCUGGCUUCAUCAGUCAGCAGAACAAAUGGGCUUGCUCUGCCGAACAUCGGGCCAUCUCGGAUUCCACCUCUUUUAUAGAGAUGAGUGAUGAAGAGGGGCUCGUUCCGCUUUGCCGCUGUAUUAAUACACAUCAGGGGCCAGCUCCCGGCACUAAAUCACGCUACUGCAUACAUCUGUUAUCGGACUCCUCACCAGUGUGAUGAACAAGACUGCAGAUAGAGGCUUCCUCGUGUCAUUCUUUAUAGGAUUUUCCUAAAAGAAUAAAUAGCUCAAAUCUCUGCCAACACUAUCCCCUGUCAUGGUGAUGAAUUUAGCUUCUUUCUUAAACAUGCAGCUACAAAUCUUCCCCUGUCACCUCAUCCCCCCAGCAUCCACAGAAAGUUUUGAGUUGAAUUUGGCUGAAAUCAGAAGAUGCUAAUAAAAGGCAGAUGAGAUGUGGGUGCUAUUUCCCUCCUCAGUGCAGGAAUGGGAAAAGGCAGCAAGAGAUAAUGUUUAUUUGGGAACCAAGCAACUAAAUUUAUUCUGUGUCUUCUCACAUACUUUCAUGAAUGUGAGUAUUUGUUAAUUCUGGUAAAGUAUCUUUUCCCAGAGAAAAGAUACCCUUGCAUGAGCGUCAAAAAACUGCAUUACUGUAGAAGUGCCUUGGGUAUCUAUUGUAUUGCUAUAGUAUUAAAGUUCUGGUAUUUAUCCUGCUCUUUGAGGCUAACUGGCCUAAAUACCAUAACUGAGCUGUUGAGAACAACAAAAAGUGGGUAGAAAAUUCAGAAUUGAUUUGCACUUCAGGAAGUGACUUUUAUCAAAAAUAAGUUGGGCAAACUUAUGCAAAUAUUCAGAGAGACUGAAAAUUAAUGUUUUCCACACUACACAAUCAAACAGUGUGAGCCCUAAAGCAUGAGGCCUUCACCAGAGAAGAACAAAAUUCUGGCUAGUGUAGUUUGGCAGUAGAGUAAGAAAAUCUGGAGGAAGUUAAGACUGACUGUACUAGAUCAGACCAGAGAUUCGUCCAACUCAGUGACCAGCAGCCAGUACCUAGGGAGGAAGAAGGUCUGUGGUGGUAAAAGUCCUUUGACCUUUCGUUCGUCUGAGACUUCAAAGGCAUGGAUAGUGCCCUUGUGUUUCCAUUGCAGUACAGUAGAUUUGAAAUAAUAUCCCCAGUGGCACAGUAGAGCUUGUCUGAGAAAUACUGCAUAAAAUGUUAUUCUUAUGGAAGUUAUGCUCUGGUUUGAAAGGAAUCUGAUGAAGACUGUCAUGUCUGUUUUCAUUUUGUCAGAAUAGGACACAAGUACAGGUGGUUGUACAAUAAAUGGUGAACAACUACCGAUCUCUACACUGAUGUUUUUAGUGUUCAUGUGGUUCAAUCCUCUAUGCAUGUAGCAGUGCACAUGUAAUAGGUAUCCUAAUCAGCUAUUACAGUGAGUCUGGGGUAAAAAUCUGUAUAAAUAGAUUUUUGUCUGCCUUGGCAUUUAUUCACACUUAGCUUGUAAACAAGAUGACAGUUAGCAGCCUGUGAAACUGCUUAUUGGCGAACAGUCUGAUGAGUAGUAGCAAUUUGGUGAAUUUUCCCUCUCCUAUUUCUUGCUAAUUAUUCACUGUUUGUCAUACCCAGAAACAGUUUCAGUCCUUUUCUUUUUAUGAGGAAAGAUGGAGAGCCUGAGUAGGGAGGCUGCUAGCAAGGAGCACAUAGUUUGUAUUGGUGGUGAUUGUGAAAUUAAAAACUGACUUAGCUGUUGGGGUUUUUUUCAUGUUUCAUAUGACCUUGAGAUGGAAGAAGAUGAUGGGCGGGAUGUAAAAUUGCAUGGUACUUUUAUCAGCUAUAUGGGAAUGACUCACUGUUUUGGAUGUACAGAAGCAGCAUUGUUUGGGUUCUAGAUCUACUGAAUGUGGAACCUCAAGCAUUGAACCAACUUUUUAUUUAAACUUCAAAGCAAUCUGUCCUCUAGUUGAGGCUUACUGUGGCCUCUCUAUCCUUCAUCCACUACAGAACAACAGAUGCAACUUGUAAUUAAAACACACAAGCAGCUAUUAUCUGUUGUGAGACUACAAUGAAGAAAUAUGUUUUAUAUUGAAGUAGUUACUUGUUAAAAAAAUUCCGUUUGCCUCAAAGACUCCUAUGGCAAUUACUCUCAUUUACCCAGCCCUGUUCUGCGUGUGAGGAUUCAGUGAUUCAGGAUACUGAGAAUUUGAGUAAACUCUCAUAUCUCUGGGUUUUUGACAAUCCUUCUGGAAAUUUGAGUGACUGUUGGGUUGAGGUAUGGAUCUGCAAAUCUCUCUGGCUAUUAUAGCCUGUCUCAUUUGAAGCAGUGGCUGUAUUGAGAAAAUGAGAAUGGAUUUCAACCUUGUUUGGCAAGUAGUUUCUUAUGCCAAUAGUCAUAAUAUGCUGAUGUACCGUUUUGGAUAUAUGUGGAGGACCAUGGUGCUACCCUUACUGGGUGAGGAGAGGUAUGUUUUCCUCAUUAGGUGAGCUUAGCAUCCUGAAAUUUGCCACAUCUUCAGAGACUUUGAAAGUCUCGAGUAGAGAGUUAAUUGAGUCUAUGCAAGGAGUCUGAGUUAUUUUGAGAUGAGUGAUUGUGAAUUAUGGACCAGCUAACACUUUUGAUUUUCAACAGGGACUCUGACUAAGGGAACUAGUUAGUGGACUGGGAAUUUAGAGUUUUAAAUAUGUGAAUCAUUAGAGCAAAAUUAUUAAUGCCAUCAAGAACCUCUAUUUCAAAGGAAUUUGGAGAGAACUUUUAGAAAUUCCAUAAAUAAUAUCUUCAUAAAUGAAAUUAUGUAUAUGAGGGAUUUGCCAUGAAGUCAGUUCUAACUUUUUUAUUGCCCUUUCUUACUGUCUUUCUCUGUUCCCCCUUUCCUGCAAUU